GUGCACGCGCACGGAGCGCGCUCUCGUCAGUGAUGGAUCCAUGAAGUUGUUACUACAAAAAUGGCUGAUUUCCUGCCCUCCCGGACGGCGAUAGUUUGUAUCCCCAGUUGUUUGUUGUCCAGCAACGAAGUCGAGCAGCAGAGGAAAUCUAAAGAGAUAGACAGAUGUAUUAAUCGGGAGAAGACGUACGUGAAGCGGCUGGUGAAGAUAUUACUGCUCGGAGCUGGCGAGAGCGGCAAGUCAACUUUCCUGAAGCAAAUGCGCAUAAUUCACGGGCAGGACUUCGAUCAGCGGGCCAAAGAGGAGUUCCGGGCCACCAUCUACAGCAAUGUUAUCAAAGGAAUCCGAGUGCUGGUUGAUGCCAGAGAGAAGCUGCACAUCCCUUGGGGAGACUCUUCUAACCAGACACAUGGGGAGCUCCUGAUGAGCUUUGACACACGCUCAGCCACAAUGUCUCAGGGAAUUGUAGAGACCAAAGUCUUCCUGCAUUAUCUGCCCUCCAUCCACACCCUGUGGGCUGACAGCGGCAUCCAGAGCGCCUACGACCGCAGAAGAGAGUUCCAGUUGGGUGAAUCAGUGAAAUAUUUCCUGGACGGUUUGGACAGAAUCGGACACGUGGAUUACCUACCAACCCAACAGGACAUACUUCUGGCACGAAGGCCUACGAAGGGCAUCCAUGAGUAUGACUUUGAGAUCAAGAACGUUCCAUUUAAGAUGGUGGAUGUGGGCGGGCAGCGGUCAGAGCGUCGACGAUGGUUCGAGUGCUUUGACUGUGUCACUUCUGUGCUCUUUCUGGCAUCAUCUAGCGAGUUUGACCAGGUUCUUAUGGAAGACCGUCAGACCAACAGGCUCAUGGAGUCACUCAACAUAUUCGACACCAUCGUCAACAACCGAGUGUUUUCUAAAGCGUCCAUCAUUCUUUUCCUCAAUAAAACAGACCUUCUGGAGGAGAAGGUAAAGACUGUGUCUAUUGCUGACUAUUUCCCCGACUUCACUGGAGAGCCCCACGAUCUGGCUGAUGUACAGAAAUUCCUGGUGGAAUGCUUCCGUGGUAAGCGGCGUGAGCAGCAGCUGAAACCCUUCUACCAUCACUUUACCACAGCUAUUAACACAGAGAACAUCCGUCUCGUCUUCCGAGAUGUCAAAGACACAAUCUUGCAUGAAAAUUUGAAGCAGCUUAUGCUACAAUGAGACGUGCCGUAAUGCUUAAGAUCAUUCCACUUUUAAUGAGGUUUUAAUUCUAGCGCAAGUGAUUCAGCAAAGACCCAGAAAUUAACACCUGUAGGCAGAUUGUUCCCCUCACAGAUGAGACUUUUUUUUUUUUUAAUGCCAAUUUCAGUGUCCCUUUCAAUACAUUCAGCUGAGUCACUUGUCUGUUUUACUGCUGUCUUUGCCACUUAAAAAAAAUUAUUUAAAAUUUUGUCUAAUUAGAAAACUCCCCCUAUGUAUGGUGAUUUAACCUCACGCAAGGCAUUUCUCGCAUUGUAUUUUCCACCAUUCAGUACAACAGUUUUAGCAAGUCUGGAGCUUCCCUCUGUUUCAGAGCAGAGAUUAUUUUUUCAUCUGAAGAAGCAAUCACCUACAAUUUAUCUAUUUUCUGUUAUAUUUGCAUUUGGCAGAUGUUUUGUAUGUGUGUCAUUCAUACAACUGAGCAAUUGCAGGUUAAGGGCCUUGCUCAAGGGCCCAGCAGUGGACUUGCGAUAUUCCAAUCAGAAGUCCAGUGUUUUAGCCACUGAGCUACCACUGCCCUGGUUCGAGGCCCACUACCACUUACGCAAAAAUAUUUAAUUUCCCUACUCCCUCAGCUAAAGUCCUAAGCUGGAUUUUAUUGUAAUUUUUAUAUACUUUUUUUUUUUUUUUAAGAAGAAUUUGUCUUCCAUAGUUCACAUCUGGACAUGCCUUAAAACCAAGUGGUAAACGUUAAUCACAGUCCAAGAUGCAUGAUAACUGCUGAGACUCAGGGGCUGUAAAUAUGCAUUAUAGACGCGUUAUUGGUGCGUGGCCUUCCAUAAUUGGGAUUAGACCCCUUUUCACCGUUUCAGGAUUUAGCAAGUCCUGUAAUAUCCCACUUUGAAAAACACCAUAGCGGUGCACUUGGAUUAUGUAGAAAAUGUAGUGGCCCUAUUAUUAAGGUACCUGUGUAUGUAGUGCUAUUGUCUUUGUUCCUUAUUAAAAGGGAAAGACUCUUAAAUGUGUUCUUUGUUAUACAGAAUUUAUAUGUUGUAUAGAUCCUUUUGUCUAUAGGGUGGGGAUUUUUUUUUUUUUUAAUUAAACCAUUGUGUGGCCAUCUUUCACUUUUCCAUUUUAAGUGAAAUGUAACUAGCAUUGUGUAUGAAUCUUCCUAAAGCCUAGGUCACAACCGGACGUACAAUUUUUUGGCGUUUCCCAAAUUUUGUUCAUGGAGAAAGACGCGCGUUGGCCGUAAGUUUGUCUUGCAACCUGAAAAAAACAUAAGCGCCCGUAGAGUUUGUUUGACAUGACAAAGAACCUCCGCGGCCAGUCUACGGCUGAAAUCAGCACGUCACACGCGCGCCCUCCGUGCGUUUCUUGCAUUUUUUGCACGUAGACCAGCCGUAGGAGCAUGUACGGCCGGUUGUGACCGAGGCUUAAGGAGGUUUAUUAUAAUUAAUUUACCAAAAGUAAGGUGUGUGUGGGGGCGGCACGGUGGUGUAGUGGUUAGCGCUGUCGCCUCACAGCAAGAAGGUCUGGGUUCGAGCCCCAUGGCCGGCGAGGGCCUCUGUGCGGAGUUUGCAUGUUCUCCCCAUGUCCGCCUGGGUUUCCUCCGGGUGCUCCGGUUUCCCCCCCAGUCCAAAGACAUGCAGGUUAGGUUAACUGCUGACUCUAAAUUGACCAUAGGUGUGAGUGUGAAUGGUUGUCUGUGUCUAUGUGUCAGCCCUGUGAUGACCUGGUGACUUGUCCAGGGUGUACCCCGCCUUUCGCCCGUAGUCAGCUGGAAUAGGCUCCAGCUUGCCUGCGACCCUGUAGGACAGGAUAAAGCGGCUAGAGAAGAUGAGAUGAGAAGGGGUGUGUGUGCGUGUAAUAUACACACACACAGAGAGUGUAAAGGCUAAAUUGACCUUAAGCCCUAGCUAAUGAAUAGGCUAACAUGAACAAUUUUCAGGGUUUGUGGUGUAUGGGGGGAAUUUUUUUUUCUCCUCCUCUCCAUGAAGUAUAUUUUGCUUCCAACAUGGACUAAAACCUUCAGUUUUCUUCUCAAGCUGAAAUAUCCAAGACAACCUUGUGCAUUAUGUAAUUAAUAUCUCAGGUGUAUUUCAUAGUUUGUCUGAGUUCACUGGCUGAUUUUAGGCAGUGAUUAAAGAUGGGCUCGUAAGAAUAUCCUUUACAUCUUAUGUUGACUUCUGCCAUAUGCGACUGAGAAUUCUGGCUUUUUGUAGUGCCGACUGUACCUGGUUGUAUACAUAAUUUAAUGUCCUAUGGUCUCAGCCUUAGUUUUAUUCAUCAUGAUCCUGUAAUCUAACUUGUAGUGACCUGAUAUUUCAUGGAAACUGGCAUUGGUGUUCAAGCUCACCAACAGAAUUUGCUUUAAAAUUUAGUCCAUUUAUGUCCCUUGUACAGUAUCAGUUUCAUAUUUUUCAGCCUUUCUUUGUAUAACUUUCUUUGGUCCAUUAAAUCAAACUAUUUUACAGA